UCGCACAUCCCACUUUCAAGAUAAGCAAGCCUCAAUUUUUUUCACGAUUUCAGUCGUUUUAUGAACAAAUUGUUUGACAGUGAGAACUGCAAGAUAUACCUUAUGUAUUGAGAGUGUAGCCAAAUUAUUCAAGUUGAAUCAAAAUGUGCUUGAAAAGCUGAUUUCAGUAUCAUAUAUUCGUCGUACUUUUUAAGACGGAUGAUUUUUGGUAUGCGCAGCCGCAAUGAAAAAUAUUCGACUCGGGGCGGUCAACGAAAGAUCUUUUCGUAAAAUAUUUCGACGUUGAAUUGAUAAAUCUGCCUGACUGGCCAUUUAUUUCUCAGCAAAAAUCACACCAAUUCCUUCUUUGAAAAGAAGAUGGCAAUAAAAUCAACAUUUGAUCCUAUGAAACCGAAUGAUGGCAAGCUGACCUGUGUGACCUUAGGGGUCACUUUAAGGACUCAAGAUGAUGAUGAUAGGGGAUGAUGUGAGCGAGCCUUCCUCGCCGGAGUCUGCCUUCGAUGAGACGGACUUGCUCAACUCCUCCAUGCACGAUGAUGUCACAGCACAACUAGCUGCAGCAGGUCCCAUCGGUGUUGCAGCUGCAGCUGCUAUUGCGACAGGAAAAAAGAGAAAGCGCCCUCACUCGUUUGAGACGAAUCCAUCGAUACGCAAACGACAACAGACGAGAUUGCUGAGGAAAUUACGAGCCACAAUUGAUGAGUAUACCACCAGGGUCGGUCAACAGGCCGUCAUGAUAUGCUGCACACCAGGGAAGCAGGAAACCAACUUCAAAGUGUUUGGCGCUUCCCCGUUGGAUCAUGUGGUUCGAAGUUGUAAGAGUGUGAUCAUGAGUGAACUGGACAAUGCCCUUGCCCAGCAGACGCCACCAGCCCAGGCUGAAAACGCCAACCUGUAUGACCUCCCGCCGCUGGUGUUGGACGGCAUCCCUACUCCAGUGAACAAAAUGACGCAGGCUCAGCUGCGGGCAUUCAUCCCGCUGAUGCUGAAGUACUCCACAGGGCGAGGCAAACCCGGUUGGGGAAAGGAAAGUUGCCGGCCCGUCUGGUGGCCUUCAGAUCUGCCGUGGGCGAAUGUCCGCAGUGACGUCCGCUCUGAAGAUGAAAAGAAGAAGGUGUCCUGGACGCACGCCCUGCGCACCAUCGUCAAGAACUGCUAUAAGCAUCAUGGGAGAGAAGACCUCCUACCGGAGUUCUCCGACGACAAGGACGUGAAAGAAAUGAUGCUGCACCAACGCUCACAGACCACGAUCAUCCCGUCACACGCUGUGGUACAGACCAUUAAUAAUCCAGACGGCACUGUAUCUCUUAUACAGGUGGAUACAGGGAACACAGUGGCCACGUUAACUGACGUCAAUCAAGUACAACAGGUCCAACAGGUUCAACAGAUGGGUCAGAUCCAGCAUGUCCAGCUUCACCAUCUACCGAUCCAGCAAGCUACACAGGCUGUACAGACGCUAGCAGAUGUAGCCUCAUCACAGUCCGGCACGGUGGUCACGACCACCCUCCCCCAGGCUCCUCAGGCCACCCCAGUGUCCAUCGAGAUGAACAGUGAGGCAGCUGCCCACGGGGUGGCGACCCUAGCGGAGGCCACGCUUGCAGAGGGGACCCAUAUCAUGCUGUCCAGUAACGGAGAGACGAUGGGAACAAUCAGUAAUGUCAACGAUGGUAGCACGCAAGGCAUUGUGAUACCAGCCUCUAUGUAUCAGAGCAUGGUGAACAGCAUGCAGCAGCACGGCGGGCAGGUCCAAGUCCACACCCACCUACCAUGCCACACAGUGGCCGUAGUGCAGUCCCAACCCACGGCGAUGGUCCAGUCUCAGCAGCUACAGCAGGUUGUGGUGCCAACCAGCAUCGUGGCUGCAGGAGGACACCUGCAGCAGCAGCAACAGCAUCAUAACUCGUCGGUGCCGCUAGCGACGCACGCCGUGGAAGUGGUUACAAUAGAGCAGCCUUGAGGGGGAAGGCUAGGCUAAAUGCUACUGGUUUGUCGCCACCCUCCUUCCCACCCAUUUUCUCUUGGAUCCGAACCGCUACCCCUGACCACCUUGAAAGUCUUAAAGUAUCACCCUUCAUUCUGUAUGUAUGAUGAGGUAGAUGAUAGCAGUACAUGAAUGUCUAAUCCUAUCAUAAAAAUAGACCAAUUGCAAACGACGCCACAAGCACAAACAACGCUCUCACUGGGGUCAAAGGAAGAUACAUCAUUGGCUGAGAGAUGUGCGGGGUGCAUCUGCGCUCGUAUGUUUCAGUUGUUUGAGCUAUGCAAAGGGUCCUGUUCAUCUUCAACAAAAGAGGAACAGGACCCACAAGAACAGGGUUGUCAACUGAGCUUUUCUCCACAAGAACAGGGUUGUCAACUGAGCUUUUCUCCAAAGGAACCAUCCUCCCUGCUCACCGUAGAGUUGAAAAGCCCAUUGUUUUGAUUAAAAUAAGAGCGCAAGUUCAUAAAGCUUUAGCAGAAAAUUGUGCUUAGCCAAUUUCUCUGCCAAGCCUAAAUUACCAGAUUACCAAUAACAGACACUCUACAGAUAUUAGUGUGUUAGGUUGUUUCUGCUAAGCAAAGAUUUUUCUGUGCUAAGCAGUUUUGUGUGCUUAUAAAAAUAUGAAGUUGGGCAAAGGUUGUGGGAUACUCUCCGAGCCAAAUUUCGUUCAUAUGAAUUAAAAAGUGCAAGACCGAGUAUAUUGCAUUCCCUUUGGAAAGCCGGAGAGAAAAAAAACCUUCUUCAUUCAAUUAAAUAAAGUGAAUGCUCUUCAAGAAAUCUAAAUUUUGAAAGAUUAGUCGUAGCGAGUUGACUUUAGCCUGUGGACCCUCUCCAAAGCACCUUGUUUUAGAAAUGACUUACAUUUUGCUUUUUGUUGCUGGGUGGGGAUAUAAGACCCUCGCAUAUGGUGUCACAAGACUGUAACAGAGCCCUCACUGAGGGCAAUGGAGACCUAUCAAUGGCUGAGAGUUGUGUGUGUGGCAAGCAUGUUUUCAUUGUUUGACCUCCGUAAUGGCUGCCAGUGCAAGGCGUCUGUAUAAGAUGGUUAUUUAAAACAAUAUCUCACAAGUUUGCACCAUUUUAAGGGAGAACGCUUUAAACAAAAAUUAAAAUCCUUAGGUGAUAUUGACAACUUGUCUUAAAUUGAAUCUAAGCACUUUGUGAAAUCAACACCGGGUUCUUUAGAUUUAAGCACAGCAUUGUUCUCUUCAAAUUAUACAUUUUGUAACAAUCAGAAGAUGACACUCAUUUGUGAAGUAGGAAAAGUAGACGGAGGGUGUUUCAUUCUACGUUGUAGCUGUUUCACAUUUCCAUCGAAUCAAAUUGUUUCCAAAAGAAACAAUAAUCUCUCGUUUUGUGAAUUUUUAACAGAAUUUUAAGGUGUCUUUUAUUUGCCAGAUUUAUGGCGUUCUGAAUACCAUAAAUUCUUAAUAAACCUUUUUAGGCCAUGAUUAAAAAAUAAAAAUAAAAAAUCAUGAUGCUCACUUGUUAUAGUAUUCUGUCUUAUAGUAUGAAGCCAAUUACAUGCCGGUAGACAUGGAUGGAGAUAGUGUGUUGUAUUUACUGUUGUUGUUGUUUACAAACAUGAAUUUAUACUCGGGGUAGACAUCAGUUUUAUUGUACAGCCUCUUGAAUAGCUUCUUUUCUUGUUUUAGUUCUAAGGGGAAAUAUAAUGAUACCUUCCCUUCAAAGGGUUUGGGUACUUUUUGUAGCACAAAACUCAAUGUCCACAGUUUUACAUUAAACCUACACU